GACAAACAGUGGACCAACCUGUCUCCAUCACCUACACCACAGGUGGAAGGGAUGAUGGGACAGGAUACGUGAUAGCUGACUUCUAAAUGUCCCGUGUCCCCGCGGACCCACAGCCACCCGUGUCCAGUCCACAGACAUGGAUAAACUCACCGUGAUUUCAGGAUGCCUCUUUCUCGCCGCGGACAUCUUCGCCAUCGCCAGCAUCGUCAACCCGGACUGGAUCAACACUGGAGAAUCAGCCGGUUCUCUGACUGUGGGUCUGGUCAGACAGUGCCAGACCAUCCACAGUCGGGACCGGACCUGCAUCCUGCCGCAGCUGCCACCGGAGUGGAUUGCCACGCUCUUCUUCAUCAUACUGGGAAUCAUCUCCCUCACCGUCACCUGUGGUCUACUGGUGAUGUCAAUGUGGCACCGCGAGGCCACUCGAUACGCCCGCUGGAUCGCCUUCACGGGGAUGGUGCUGUUCUGCAUGGCUGCUCUCAUCUUCCCCAUCGGCUUCUACAUGAACGAGGUUGGAGGACAACCGUACAAGCUGCCCAACAACACAGUGGUGGGCUCGUCCUACGUCCUCUUUGUCCUGUCCAUAUUCUUCACCAUCGUGGGUCUCCUGUUUGCCGGGAAGGUGUGUUUACCCGGCUGACACGCACCACCUGUUGGAGAAACACCACCCACCACCGGAGGCUAACUGUAUCAGGACUCACCUCCGUAUGGCAGCACUGGAAGUGUCUAACAAACCUGAGGAGCACCUGAUGUGUAUUGGUUUUUCUCUGUGCUCGUAACCGGAGCUGGAAAUGGUUCGAUCCAUCUGUUCAUCCUCUCGUUCAGAGAAUGAGAAGGUGUGACGAGCUUUGGCUAACAUCCACACUGCUACGUUUACUGUUGACUUUAAAGGAUUUUACUCAUCAUCACAUGAAGACUUUGUGUGGAGUCCAGUGUCAGAUCUUUUAUGAUGAUGCUUCUUCCCUGACCUGACAGCUCCAUCUGUAUAUGAUCAUUUUUGGGGGACAUUUGUUUAUUUAUCUGUUCAGUUCCACCUUGUUUUGUGUAUAAUAUAUCUUUUAUUAAUACAGUAUCUCAGAGUCUGUCUGCCAUUGGAUCAUCACUUUGCCUUAAAGAGCUGUAAAAGUUCAAAAUAACAACACUAUUGAGUUUUAGCUGAAGGUUGUUGUGUUAAGCAGCGAUUUAUUCACCUUUUUGUUGUUUGGGCGUCACCUGUUGUUUAGACACUGUGUAGAGAAAUGACUGACUCUUUGUUUAUUUUAUUCUGCUGCAGCGCUGAUCAUGUGUGUGUGUGUGUGUGUGAAUGAACGGACAGCCAGGCUGUGUGAGUUUUUCUAGAAGCACUUUGAUGUUGCAAGAUCUCAUUAAAAAUGACUCACUGGACAUUUGAAUAUAAA